GGUGUUUAUGUUUUUUUUUUCUGGUGAACCUUUCAUUUCAUGAAGCCGUGAUUAUGGUAGUCUUAUCAUUCUCGUGCGAUCCGUCCGAAGCUCGUUAGUCGUUGUGUUCGUCCUCAUCGUAUCUAACCGGGAUUUUAAAAUCAUAAUAAUAUUAUUAUAAUACAUUAAUCAUACCUGUUAGUUAUUUUCUUUUACAUCACUAUCGAUGGUAAAAAUGAAACAACGAGUACAACACAACCGAUUUGAUGACUUCACUACACGGUAAAUUGGACGUGAACGUCGAAUAUGAAGGUGCAAAACCAGCAGAGUACCGCGGACGCGCAUUUAGUGGAUGAACCACUUUUUGAUCCGUGUCCGUCGUUCUUGGGCUUUUGCGUUGCACAUACAUUCAGAAGACACGCGAAAAAAUGGUUGUUAAAGUGACUGAAAUAAUCAAAUUUGAAAUGGCGAUCGACGUGGUGCGGACGUUGCGACAGAAAAUCAUUGCCGUGUGUCGGAAGCUGGGUAUUGGCAUUUGUUUACGCACCGUCAUACUGAUAUUUUGUCUCACAUUCUUCUGGGUACAGAUGCACAUGUCUGACGUAGCCGACAACGAGACGUUACAGAUACUAGCCAAGCCGGACGGACUACUGGACGCUAAUGAUUCUAUGCUCCAACUGGUUCCACAGCAUUUGCACAAGUACUUGGUCGCGUUGCCCCAGCGUGGUGACCGUCCGCAUCAGGCCAUAUUGCCCGGAAACGCCAGCGAACACGUUGCAACGACUGCCAGUCUGAACGCAUCCGAAAUACGACGUUUGAUUGAUCAGCAAAACUCCAAACAGAUCGUUUUCAACGAAGAUGUAUAUGGCCCAUUACAAAACGAUUCUCUAGUCAUUGUCAUACAAGUCCACACGCGUAUUAUGUAUCUUCGGCACACCAUAGUGAGUCUGGCUAGGGCGCGGGGCAUCGAAAAUGCAUUGCUAAUAUUCAGUCAUGACCAUUAUGAUGAACAAAUAAACGAACUGAUACAGAUGAUAGACUUUUGCAAAACCAUGCAGAUAUUUUAUCCGUAUUCUAUACAAACGCAUCCGGUUUCAUUUCCUGGUGAAUCUCCAGAAGACUGUCCCAGAGAUAUUUCCAAAUCAGAUGCGGUUAAACGGAAGUGUAUCAACGCCAUGCAUCCGGAUCAAUACGGUCAUUACCGAGAGGCGAAAUUCACCCAAACCAAACAUCAUUGGUGGUGGAAAGCAAACAGGGUGUUCAAUGAAUUGGACAUUGUCAGUAAUUAUUCAGGCCCAAUCUUAUUUUUGGAAGACGACCAUUAUGUAGCAGAAGAUUUCAUAUACAUGCUUAAGUUGAUGGAAAAAUCAUGUAGCGUGGCGUGCCCACAGUGCAGUAUAUUGUCGUUAGGAACAUACUUGAAAACAUACAAUUUUUAUGGAGAAGCAAAGAAGGAUAUUUUAAGGGUAAUACGUCGACAGCAAAUAUUUGCUGCAGAAUUAACACCGCCGACUUGGAGUUUUAAAAUAGUUCCUUCAUUUUCACAUUAUGAUAAGGCUGAAAUUUCUCAAUGGAUUAGCAGCAAGCAUAAUAUGGGUAUGGCAUAUAAUCGAACUGUUUGGAAACAGUUUGUUGAUUGUGCUGAUACAUUCUGCAAAUAUGAUGAUUACAACUGGGAUUGGAGUCUGCAGAGUGUAUCCAAUAAUUGUCUUAGCCAUGAGUUUAAAGUGUUUGUCCUCAAAGCUCCUAGAGUAUUUCAUAUUGGUGAAUGCGGUGUUCAUCAUAAAAAAAGUUGUUUUGAUAUGGCGCUCAUAGCUAAAGUUCAAAAACUGCUUAGUUCAGUAUAUAAAUAUUUAUUUCCAGAGAAAUUAGAAGUAACCUAUGCUCCAAUCAAAAAAAAAGUAUUGCACAAAGGAAAUGGUGGAUGGGGUGAUGUUCGUGAUCAUAAACUAUGUUUGCAAAUGGUAAAUCGCCUUUGGUGACAUUUGGCACUUAAUUUUUAAUAUUUAUUAUAUUAAAGAAAUAGAUAAGUUCCUAUAUUAUGGAGUAUAGACCUCCUAAAUGUGUAGACAUAAUAUUCAAUAUUGUAAUUUUGUAAUAUGUAUUGUUAUGUCUAUGCUUGAACCAAGUCUUAUUUAUUGUAUUGUUUUUAUUAUUAUUAUUAUCAUUAUUUUUGUUCAGUUAUUAUUAUUUUUU